CACAACACCGGUCUAGCGUAGUCCAAGACGACGGGAGAUAAAGUUCGAAAUCUCUCUGUGUGCUAGUCAAGAGUCGAAUGCAUUUAUUCGGGCUAUCGAGAAUAAUAAACAUGGCGACUGCCCAAGUGCCCGUGCUGCCACUUUUAGCAACUCGUGGUUCAUUGGGGAUAAAAUUACUGCAAGGCAAAAAUGCAUUUCAAGAAAUUCAUGAUUUGUACAAUGACGAAUCGACAUCUUCUAAAAUCAUGCGGUUUAGUGAUGAUGGCGCAUGCUUUGCAUUUGUUAAUGGAAGAGAGUUAAAAGUUCUGUCUAUGGAUACAGGAGAGGUGAUAUAUUCUCUCGAUAAACAAAAGACCACAGAUAUCGUCAUAUCACCAAAAAAUACAUAUAUUGCAACAUGGGAGCCUUUUUUUACAACUCCUCAAAACCCACAGGGUUUCAAUAACUAUGAAAUACACAACAUAAAGACAAAAUGUGUUAAAAAAUCUAUGAUUCAUAAAAAUAGAAAUACUUGGGCACCAGUAUGGAGUAAAGAUGAGAAAAUCUGUGGUAGAUGUGUUAAUAAUGAAGUUCAAUUUUAUGAGGAUGGAGAGUUUCAGAAAGCUGCAAGAAAACUUUAUCUUCAAGGAGUCAGUGGAUGUGCGAUAGCACCAUGUUUGUCGCCAUAUAUGAUAGCUGUUUACAUCAUGGGUAAAAAGGGAUCACCAUCAUCAGUCAGAUUGUUUCAAUAUCCAAAUCUUGGAGAUGGUCAAGCAAUAACAAAUAGAAGUUUUUUUAAGGCUGACAAGGUAGACAUGAUUUGGAAUAAAAAAGGAAAUGCAUUAUUAAUUCUUGUAAGUGCUGAAGUCGACACAACAGGCUCAUCUUAUUAUGGUGAACAAACACUUCAUUUGAUGACCACCAAUGGAAACAGCAAUAUAGUGCAAUUUGAAAAGAAAGGUCCAAUAUAUUCUGUGGAUUGGAAUCCAAACUCUUCACAAUUUUGUGUUGUAUAUGGUUUUAUGCCAGCUAAAGCAACUCUUUUUAAUUUAAAAUCCGAAUCAGUUUUUGAUUUCGGAACUGGUCCAAGAAAUAUUUGUAAAUACAAUCAACAUGGGAAUAUUUUAUGUUUGGCGGGAUUUGGGAAUCUACCUGGAAUUAUGGAGAUGUGGAAUGUAGACGGCAAAAAACUGAUUGGUAAGCCACAAGCACGAGAUACUACUUUCUUUCAGUGGUGUACGGAUGGUCAACACCUUGUUACUGCUACCUGUGCACCAAGGCUGCGAGUGUCCAAUGGGUACAAAAUAUGGCAUUAUUCUGGUAAAGUAAUACACAGCUUUGAUGUUCCCAAAAAUACCGAAUUAUGGGAGACGAUAUGGCAAACAGUCCCAGAUGGAACUUUUCCAGUACCUCGCAUCGUAGCAUCUGUUGCCACACAAGAAGUGAAAAAAGAAGCGUACCGCCCUCCUUCAGCAAGAGGGACAGCAGUGAAAAAGAUAGUUAUUCAUGAAAAUGAACUUCCAGAAAAUCAACGCAACCAAGAAAACAUGUCUGCUGCAGCUUUAAAAAAUAAAAAGAAACGAGAAGCGAAAGCAAAAUCAAAGAAAGAAAUUGAAGCAGCAAGUAGUAGCAACUCAGCCAAUGCAAGUUUAUCAGAUGUUGUCACUACUGGUGAUCCAGAGAAAGAUAAGAAGAUAAAAAACUUAAGAAAGAAACUGAAACAAAUAGAAGAUUUAAAAGCCAAACAAAGCGAAGGAAGAAUACUCGAAAAAAAUCAGCUUGACAAGCUGACAACAGAAAAAGAUUUAUUGAAAGAAUUAAAAGAUUUACAAAUAUCAAGCUGAUAUCAUACACAAUCUUCACACGAAUAAACGCACGAUUACACGAUUUUUUAUCGUUAGAAUUCUAUCUUGUAUAUGAUUGCGCAUAAAUAUCUUUUUAUGUAUA